CUUUCUCGUUAUAUAAAAAACGUUAAAAGACUCCUGUGACAGAUAUGGCUGCAAUCAUAAAGGAAAUUGUCAGCCGAAACAAAAGGAGAUACCAGGAGGAUGGGUUUGACUUGGACUUGACUUAUAUUUAUCCCAACAUAAUUGCUAUGGGCUUUCCUGCUGAAAGACUUGAGGGUGUCUACAGAAACAAUAUCGAUGACGUAGUACGGUUUCUGGACUCUAAGCACAAAAAUCAUUACAAGAUAUAUAAUCUGUGCGCUGAGCGACAAUAUGACGCAAUCAAAUUUAAUUGCAUAGUUGCACAAUAUCCGUUUGAGGAUCACAAUCCCCCCCAGCUGGAGCUGAUCAAACCGUUCUGCGAAGAUCUUGACCAGUGGUUAAGUGAGGACGACAAUCACGUGGCGGCGAUUCACUGUAAAGCUGGAAAGGGACGUACGGGUGUCAUGAUCUGUGCUUACCUGUUACACCGGGGCAAGUUCCUCAAAGCACAGGAAGCUCUGGACUUCUACGGUGAAGUCAGGACCAGAGAUAAGAAGGGAGUGACAAUCCCCAGCCAGAGGCGCUAUGUCUACUAUUAUAGCCACCUUCUCAAGAACCAGCUGGAUUACAAACCAGUGGCUCUGCUCUUCCACAAGAUGGUGUUCGAGACGGUGCCCAUGUUCAGUGGCGGAACGUGUCGGGACACUUCCAUUAAAAACAAGAGUGAGCAGAUUCCACAUGGUUUCAGGAAAGGGAAUUGGCACUGGGAUCCUCAGUUUGUCGUGUACCAGCUUAAGGUAAAGAUCCACACGUCCAACCCGGUGAACACGCGGAAGGAGGAGAAGUACGUGUUCUUCGAGUUCCCCCAGCCACUGCCCGUGGGUGGAGACAUCAAGGUGGAGUUCUUCCACAAACAGAACAAGAUGAUGAAGAAGGAUAAGAUGUUUCAUUUCUGGGUGAACACCUUUUUCGUCCCUGGACCAGAGGAGCACUUUGAGAAGGUUGAGAACGGGACGUUACCAAAGGAGCAGGCAGGAAUUCAAACAGGAGGAACGGGGGACAACGACAAGGAUUACCUGAUCCUCUCACUGACGAAGAACGACCUGGACAAGGCCAACAUGGAUAAAGCAAACAGAUACUUCUCCCCCAACUUCAAGGUGAAGCUGUACUUUACCAAGACUGUGGAGGACAUCUUCAACUCUGAGGCCAGCACUUCCACCUCACUAACGCCAGACGUUAGUGACAACGAGGCGGACCAUUACCGAUACUCUGACACCACAGACUCUGACCCGGAGAACGAACCGUUUGAUGAGGAGCAACAGACGCAAAUAACAAAAGUGUGAGAUUUUUAUGGGAAG